UUUUUAGUUUAUUGAUUUUAAAUAAUAAAAAAAAAAUAUUAUUGUUAUUAUCUAUGAUUUAUCAAUUAUUAAGGGGUUAAAAUUUUUGAUACUUUUUUGCAUUGUAUGAUAAAAAUAACUAAAUGAACCUCUAUUGUUAAAUGCAAACUCAAAUUUUACAAAACUGUUUAACUUGCUUGAAACCUAUUUGUAAAUACAAUCUAAAACAAUAUUUAUACUAUGUUGAAAAUCAUAAUGAUCUCAAAAUAUUUUAAAGACUAUUCAGAUGCAAAAACUGGUAUCAUCAAGAAAAUAAGAUCAUCACAAGUUGUAAUGAAAUAUAAACGAAAUGAUAAAAUUAUAUCAAAUAAAAACAAAAACAAAACUAAAAACAAUUCUAAAUUGAAUUAAACAAACAAGU